AUGCCAUGGCGUUAUUCCGAGUAUUCGAUUGAAAAUAAUAAGAUACAAAAGGACAGUAUACAAUCGGUGAAUAUGGGCGGCUUUAUCGAAAUCGAUUCAUCGCUUCAACGCAUGAGCGUAUGGUAUUUUAGAAAAAAUUUUUACAAUAUCACCAGUUUUCGCAUUUUUCUACACUCCAUAGAGUCGGAAUUGAUUGAAAAAUUAAGAGAACGUGUGGGUGUUCACCCAAUUCAAUACGAUCUCAAGUUGGAGGCCACCUAUGUCAUAACUAAAGAAGUAAACAAUAUCACCGAAAACCACUCGUUUAAAACUCCAGCUAGACAAUUAUUUGUGUACAGUAACGUCGCGGGUUUGGUCGAUUGCGAUUUUACUCUUCUUCUCACCAAAGAAAACAUUUUCUCUGGUAAAUAUAGCGGGGUCGCCUUUAUAUCGUAUUUUGGUGGACUGACCUUGGGCGUGCACCAGUACGACCCACCGAUAGUUAUGUGGUCAUACUUGACGUUGCCCGCAAGUAUUAUAUUUCAAAGGGCGGUCAUUAACCCACAAAGCAUUGAUCAGCAGUGCUUUAAGUGGGCUAUUCUGGCGAGACACGUAUCAAAGUACCGUCAUCGAGUAAGCACGAAUUAUUUUAACGAAGAGCACCGUUACGACUUUUCCGUGUUAUCCGUCCCCACGACUGUAUCGGAGAUAACAUUGUUCGAGCGAGCGAAUCCAGGUACGUCCGUAAACGUAUACAGUCUGAAAUAUAAUAGAACAUUGUCGACAAAACUGUUGGUGUACCCGCUGCGAGUGACCGACGAAGAGAUGCCAAAUCAUUUUGACUUGUUGUUGAUCGCUGGCCCGGAAAACCAACUUCAUUAUACAUACAUUUCAAACUUCUCGCGGCUCGUUAGUUCACAAAUAAAUAAAUGUAAUCGUCCUAUAGUUUGUUGCAAAAAGUGUUUCAAAACUUUUGACUCCAGGCCUAAGAAAUAUGCAUUUUGUGGUUCCGAAGCACUAGCACAGCAUCGCUUGGUAGGUAACUGUGUUUUCAAUCCAAAUACUGCAUUAAUGCCAUUUUCACCCAAUUCAUGA